AUGCUACUACUUCUAUCCUUAAUUGUUGUCCCAUGGAUGCUGCUACCCAAGCCUUUCAGUUUAAAGGCACAUCAUAACAGAGCACACCAAGGUGAUUCCUAUGUGGCACUUGAAGGGACAGAUGAGUCAUUAGUGGAGGGAGGUUCGAGAAGCUGGGACAGAUUAGGGGUGGGGGUGGUUGUAAAUGUGGUGAAAAAGUCGGGCCUUCCAGAAGCUGGGAUAGAUUCGGAGAAAUCAUUCUUGAUAUGGGCAUAUAAGAACCUCAGUUUGUGGACCUGUCUCAAGAUGAAAAUCAGAUCCAAUGAGACGAAUGUCAAACCUUUGACCAAGGAGUUAAUUGAUUAUCUACAUGUAAGUGACCAGGACCUCAAGGGAAAUCUUACUGAAAAAAUUUGCUCCAUUGUAGAAAAGCUUUCCCCUGAUAAGAUUUGGUACAUUGAUCAGAUGCUCAUGGUUCUUUCUGAGCGAUUAAGCGAUAUCUCACCUCAUAUGAACCAUAACCGAUAUGGGAGGUUUGUUAAGUUCAUUUUGUUUUCUGAUGCAAAAAAAGUGGCUAAUAUCUUUGUGUUGUGCUGUGGUGUAGCGUUUUCAAUAUCAAUAAUUAAGGCAGAGCAAGCAAUUCUGCAAUGUCUCGAUGUUGCAGCUAAGGCUCCGCAUUGGCCUAUUGGUGUUGAUGGUUAG